AUGGCACUUCGAAAAAAAAAAAGUUCCCGCAUUAGAUUUUGCCUGCGAUCAUAUCUUCAACUAUACCAUUAUUAUUAUUAUUAUUAUUAUUAUUUUCCCUCUCGCCUCUGGGAUACGUCUUUCUCAAGGCUACAGAGACACAUAAUGAGUGAUCGGCAGCCUCCUGUUCAACCCCAGCAUUCCCUAGAGGAUGCGAACGAGGGGCCUCCUGUGAAACGGACUUGCAUGAAUGAUACGCCACCCAUUGCACUAACACCUGCGGACGAUGGAAGUGAUUUCUACAACACGCCAUGGGUCGCGCGCACGCCUGCGGAACCUAGCGAGAACCCGGGAGCAGCUAUUCAAGGUCAAACCAAUGAACCAGCCACGACAUCUCACCCUUCAACACUGAUCCCUGGGUUAAACCUUGUCAAUGAUAGUCUCAAGGAUCUACAGCCGGCGCAGAGCGAUCCAAGCCCGUCGCCUAACCCCGGACCCCAGGAAGGUGCGCAUACGGAUACGCAAAAUGGCAUGGAUCUUGAAGAAACGGAGCCUAAGAAGCAAGAGCCUACCGUGGAGAACAUCGGAAACGUUGAGGGGGAACAAAAUUCGGAACCACGUAGCCAGGCCGAAGUUCCAAAUCAACCUCAGGCGGACGACAACAUGACCAAUGGUGAUGCAAGCGGGACAGGAACUGUGCCUCCCCCCGACGCUAUGGAACAUGAUCAAGCGGAACAGGACGAGGAGGAGCAUCCUGAAUGGGAGAUCGAUUUUUCUCCGUACGAGUCAUCUUCCGAUGAUUCUUCUAGCGAUUCCUCAGAUGACAGCGAUGAAGACGACGAAGACUACCCAAUUCUCAGCCCCGAAGAACAAGCGCGUAUCCUGAUGCAGGCAGAACUUGGUUCCGACGAUGAAGGAGAGGGGAAGGGCAAAUCGGGUGGUCAUAUUAGAACGGCAAAUGAGAUUCCAGAAGAAGCGCCCCCUAUCCCGGAUGUCACUGUGACUCCCGAAAUGAAGAUUGUGCACCUGGGACAUGUGGAGGCAAUUGUUGAGAACACGGUCCUGAUCGCGGCGAACACUUCUGGAGAGUACCAGGUGCUGGAAUCGGGCUCAUUACUCUGCUUUGAAGACAGGAGUGUCGCUGGUGUGGUUGCUGAGACAUUGGGAAGAGUUGAGAACCCAUUGUAUACUAUCCGUUUCCCUACUGCCGCGGCUGUCGAGGAACGUGGUCUUUCUAAAGGAAAGGACGUUUACUACGUUGAGCAACAUUCUACAUUUGUGUUUACUCAGCCUCUCAAGGGAAUGAAGGGCAGUGAUGCUUCGAAUUUCCACGAUGAGGAAAUUGCUGAAGAUGAGGUGGAGUUUUCCGACGAUGAAGCAGAGGCCGAGUACAAGCGGAAGUUGAAGCAGAAGCGGCAGGAGAGAAAGGAAGCCAGAGAUGGUCCAGCAAAGGCUAAGAAGGGUCCCCCAGGUCCUUCCAAGCUCAGCCAAACCGAACUAAACUACGACGAUAAUGCAGGUGAAGAUGGAUACACACCUCUUGCUCGCCCGAAGAACUUCCAUGAGAUGAUGGGUCGGCAGGAGGCACCUGUCGAGAAUGAUGGACCCACUGGUAGAGGUGGUUUCCGUGGUGGUAGAGGCCGGGGCCGGGGCUUUGAUCGCGGUCGAGGUGGCCGUGGCCGUGGAGGCGGACCAAGAGAGACUCAGCGCCAGUCAUAUCAACAGCAAGGGUCGGACGCGCAACCUCAAUCUUCCAACUACAGUCAACACGCGUACCAGCAAACCCAACCUAAUGCUUAUGGAAUGCCACAACAAUACCCUGCGUACCCAUCUUUCCCGCAGCAGCAACAACAACAACAACCUCAACAACAACCUCAACCACAGCAACAGUUCGGUCAAGCUGCUGCACCUCCUGGCUUCAAUUUCCAGAUGCCAUUCCAGCAGGCUUAUCCCCAACAAAACCCUUACCAAUUCCCACACAACAUGCAAAUCAACCCAUUGUUCUUGGCCGCCUUGCAACAGCAGCAACAACAGCAGCAGUAUCAACAACAGCAAGCCCCUGGGCAACAGCCGGCGCAAGCGGCAACCAUGAAUUUUGACCAGGUCAAGGCGCAAUUAGACCUGUUGCGUCAGCUGAGCAACAACAAUCAAGGACCACCUCGCUCAUGA